AUCAUGUCUGGCAGAGGAAAAGGAGGCAAAGGACUGGGCAAAGGCGGAGCCAAGCGGCACCGUAAAGUGCUCCGGGAUAACAUCCAGGGCAUCACCAAACCGGCCAUCCGGCGUCUGGCUCGCCGUGGCGGCGUCAAGCGGAUCUCUGGUCUGAUCUACGAGGAGACCCGCGGGGUGCUGAAGGUUUUCCUGGAGAAUGUGAUCCGGGAUGCGGUCACCUACACUGAACACGCCAAGCGCAAGACGGUCACUGCCAUGGAUGUGGUGUACGCUCUGAAACGCCAGGGCCGCACUCUCUAUGGCUUCGGCGGCUGAA